AUGACGACGCCCGCGGCGGCGGUGAGCGCGCUGGCGCUGUUCCAGCUCGCGGACGGCGGCCUGGCCGAGGGCACGGCGAACUCGUACUACGCCACGCUGUUUCUGUUCGUGCUGAGCGCGCCGGGAUUGUACUCGCUCGUCAAGCGGAGCGCCAAGUCGAAGAUCACGCGGAAGACGUUCGAACUCGAUGGACCGAAAGUGCCCGGAGCGGCGUCGCAGGAUGAGAUCGCGCGCGAUGUGGGUGCGUUUUUUCGUAGAAACAACUACGUCGUCGCCGACGCCGGAGAGGUGAUUACGUUUGAAGGUAACAUCGCCCCAGAACGCGGCACGGCGGCGUACAUCACGUUUUGCGUGUUGAUUGGAUUGUUGUGCAUCGGACUGGUGUGUUCGAUCGCGUUGCCGGGUGGGGAUGCGUGGUACGCGUUGGCGCUCGCGUCGCCGCUCUCGGGACAAUAUUAUCUCGACAACGCCGGGCGCAAGGAGCAAGUCAAGGUGAAGAUGGUCACCUCGGACGACGACACCACGGUGGAUAUCACGGUCGAAGGUGACGCCGAGGAGAUCGAGCGCUUCAGACGGGAGUUGGAUCUGACGCCCAAGGGUAUGGUUCGCGUGAAGGGCAUCCUCGAGCAGGCGUAG